AUGGACAGUGGUUGCACCAACACCACCGUUUGUAAUGGUGAACUCAUGCAUGGACUACGUCAAGCUGAGAAAGAGCUCGAUAUGCACACUAAUGUGGGCAGCAGAGUUCUCGAUGAAGAAGGGUUUCUAGGAAGAUUUCCGCCUCCAGUCUAUUAUGAUGAAGACGGAAUUGCCAAUGUACUUGCUAUGCGCGAGAUGAUUGCUGAGGGAUACCGCAUUACCAUGGAUACUGAUUUUGACAAUGCCUUUGUUGUGCAUUGCGAUGGAGACAGACAGAUGCGAUUUGUGAAUCGUAAGGGUGUAUAUGUGCUGGAGCAACUUGGAGCGGAUGUCGAACCAGGUGCCAAAGAGACAAGUGCAAUGUAUCGUCGCCAGUUAAGCAGCGUAAAUAAACAACCACAUUUCGAACUUUCUUCAAAACAGAAUGGAUAUGCUGGACUCGGGAUGACUGCAAAGAUGACAACGGUUUGA